AUGGUGGGGGUUGAAUUCGUCGAGCAGCUGCUCGCUCGUAUGUGUCACUACCAACACGGCCACAUCAACGCCUACCUCAAGCCGAUGCUUCAGAGGGACUUCAUCAGUAUGCUUCCAAAAAAAGGCCUAGACCACGUAGCGGAGAACAUACUGUCUUACCUCGACGCUCGCUCGCUUUGCGCGGCGGAGCUGGUGUGCCGCGAGUGGCAGCGCGUCAUAUCAGAGGGCAUGCUGUGGAAGAAGCUGGUCGAGCGGAAGGUGCGCACCGACUCGCUGUGGCGCGGACUGGCCGAGCGGCGCGGCUGGAUACAAUACCUGUUCAAGCCGAAGCCGGGCUGCCAGCAUCCGUCCCACUCUUUCUACAGGCAACUCUACCCCAAAAUCAUACAGGACAUACGAUCUAUCGAGGACAACUGGCGGAUGGGAAGACACAACUUGCAGAGGAUAAAUUGCAGAUCUGAAAACUCCAAAGGCGUGUAUUGCCUACAAUACGACGACAACAAAAUUGUCUCUGGUCUCAGAGACAACACCAUCAAAAUAUGGGACAGGAAAACUUUACAGUGUGUCAAGGAGCUCCAAGGGCACACGGGCUCCGUCCUCUGCCUACAAUACGACGAGCGCGCCAUCAUAUCAGGCUCCUCCGACUCCACAGUCCGCGUGUGGGACGUAACAACAGGCGCCAUGCUGAACACGCUCAUACACCACUGCGAGGCGGUUCUUCAUCUACGCUUCUGCAGCGGGAUGAUGGUCACUUGCAGCAAGGUGUGUCGCCGUGAUCCCCUCGUGCCCUCAUUGAUCCCCUCGUCCUCCCAUCGAUCAUCUCGGGCUCCUCCGACUCCACAGUCCGCGUGUGGGACGUAACAACAGGCGCCAUGCUGAACACGCUCAUACACCACUGCGAGGCGGUUC